AUCAGAUAAUUUAUUACGUGAUUCCGGCUAUGGUGAAAAAGCAACGUCAAGGGUGGAUAAUAAUAAACAUGGAGGUAGAUUCUUUGGAAAAUAUCGUUCAAUUCCUUCUUUUUCAUCUAAAGAAAUUUCUAGUUCACAAGAAGAUAAUUCAACUAAAAAGUCUAAUCAAAAAUCAAGAAGAAACAGUCAUUUAAGUAGAAAAAGUUCUAUACAUAGUAGAUCUUCGAGACAGUCUUCCGUCUCUUCUAAAUUUUCAGUUAACACUACUGGCGUUAUAAUGGAAGAAGGAGACGAUGAUCCCAAUAAUCCUAAAUUUCGUGAUAAAUUUUUUACUACAAAAAGAAGCACGCGGAAAUCUAACAAAUCCUUACAUUUUUUGAGAAAGUUAUGGAAAGCCAACCAUCAACAAAAUUUAUCUAGCAACGAGACUAUAGAACAAUAUUAUCAACAAAAUGGUGACGGUUAUCAGCUUAGAGAAAUUUAUCUGAUCGUCGAAAGAUUUGAAACUAAUACUGUUGAAACGAGUUCACGACAGACAAGUCCUGAUUAUUCGAAUUUUUAUUUGGCUAUGCCGAAUGGCCAAUGGAUGGUUAGAACAAGAACGGCUGCUAGAAAAAUUACCG